CGGAUGCAAGGUGUACGCGUUUGACCCGACAAUGGGGCAGCCAGCCCAUCUCAGAGGGCACGACAUCCACUUCCAACCGUGGGGAUUAGGGACUGUUAAGGGGGCUACUGAGAAACUACCGGCUUUCACCUACCGGGAAAUCCUGAAGAAGAUCGGAGAAGAAGAAAGCGUUAUCGACUACCUCAAGAUGGACAUCGAAGGCGCUGAGCUGGAGUUCUUCAACGACGUUCUUACCGACGAUGUCGAGUUACUGGCCAACGUCAAGCAGAUAGGCAUGGAGAUCCACCCAGCUGAGUCAACGACUUAUAGAGACGAAAUCUGGCGUCAAGUUGAACGGCUACGCUACUUCAACUUUUCUCAAGUCUUCAGUCAGCUCAACUCGGUCAAAUCCAACCUACGCCAGUUCGAGAAUAAAACAGUUUCAUGUUGCUAUGAAAUUCUCUGGGUUAACGAAAAGUUCCGGAAGAAGAAUGUUUAAAGAAGUAUAUUAUCUCAUGAAGGAUAUUUAAACUUGAAAUUUAGACUGCAAUUCCACCUUCAUUUUAUUUUUUGCACCUUCCGCCUUCAUUUUGUUUGGUCCUAAUGGCAUUGAAACAAACAACACAACAACGGUAACAUAGCAACUGACAACAUCAACAACGCCAUCAACAACAUCACAAUCAACAACAAAAACAUCAACAUCAACGCAUUCACCGAUCAACCACAUAAACCAACAUUAUACUACAUACUUUUGAUUUAUUCGCGAAUUUGCUUGUGGUAUUUGUAAGUAAAAAGUUCUUUCGAAUUUGUAAUUGAUUUGCAUUUUUCCUGGCGUCUCAUUAGAACUAAUAAAAUUUAUAGAUAAAGGUAACAGGGAAAAAGCCAUUCUAAUUAGCUCAUGAAAAGAGCUUAUUAGAAUUAUUUCUUUGGUGUCAUUCUAAUUCAAGACUAGCAUGAGUGAAAUCAAAAUGAAUUUUUGAGUUAUCAAUCAUGUCUAACAAUGAAGUCUAGCCUCAAUUUUAUGGUAUAAGAUUGCAAAAUUUGUUCGAUAUUUGAAGAGAACACU